CCGCGCCCGCGCGGUUCGAGCGCGGCCAUGGCGGAGCCGGGGAUGGAGCCGGAGCCGGAGCCGGGCCCGGAGGCGGUGACGGCCGAGGCGGUGCUGAGGGAGCUGCGGCUCUUCGAGCUGCGCUGCGAGGGCGAGGAAGUGCCCGACAAGCUGGUGGAGCUGUGCCUGAGCCACGGGCUGGGCCCGGUGGCCUUGGCCAACGAGCUGCUGGCCUUCGUCACCAGCAAAGACCUGGACCUGCGGCUGAGCGCCGAGGGCCUGGACGCCUUCGAGCACGAGGUGCUGGCCAAGCGCGGCGGCCGCGGCCGGCGCGGGCGGGACGAGCGCCGGGGGCUCCUCCACGACAUCCACUCGCUGCAGGAGCUCCUCGACGAGGAACAGGAGGACGAGCUGCUGGACGCCUACACCACCCCAUCCAAGGGCUCCCAGAAACGCAGCAAUUCCACGCCAGAGACGCCCCGGCCCAAGCGGGCGCCGUCGUCCCGUAGCCCCUACGGGCUCUUCUCCCCCGGCAGCUUCUCCCCAAGUGUCACCCCCUCCCAGAAAUACUCGUCCCGGGGGGGCCGGGGUGAGGUCGUGGCCUCGUUUGGCUCCGUGCAGGGCCCGGCCUGGAGCGGCCGCGGCGGCUGCGCCGUCAGAAUGUUCGGCUGCCCCGAGCAGAGCCUCAGCAAACCCUACAAAUUCAUGUUCCAGAAGGCGCUGGACGUGCGGGAAGCGCUGGCCGAGCGCGUGGAGGAGCUCGGGGAGGUUCUGCGGAGGCACCACGGCCUGGACGCCUUCAGCUCCGCUGUGCUCCCGGCCCAGGAGCCGGUGACGGUGCUGGGGCAGAUCGGCUGUGACGGCAACGGGAAGCUCAACGCGCGCUCCGUGCUGCUGCUGGGGGACAGGGAGCACUCGGGGGGGGCCCAGGUCCCUCUGGACCUCUCGGAGCUUCCAGAAUAUUCCCUGUUCCCGGGACAGGUGGUGGCACUGGAAGGCACCAACAGCACGGGUGGAAGGAUGGUGGUGACCAAGCUCUACGAGGUGACCCCGCUCCCGGGGAUUUGGGGUGGACAGAGGAUGGUGCUGGUGGCCUGUGGCCCCUUCACCCCCUCGGACAGCGUCGCCUUCGAGCCCCUCAGUGACCUCCUGGACGUCGUGGCCCGCGACUGCCCCGACGUUUGUAUCCUGCUCGGGCCCUUCCUGGACGCCAAGCACGAGCAGGUGGAGAGCUGCCAGCUGCUGAGCCCCUUCUCCGACGUGUUCCGCCUCUGCCUCCGGACCGUCAUCGAGGGCACCCGGAGUGCUGGCUGCCAGCUGGUGCUGGUGCCCUCUCUCCGGGACGUCUCCCACGACUUCGUGUACCCGCAGCCUCCCUUCCCCCUCCCGGACGUGCCCAAGGAGGACAGAGCGCGCGUGCUCCUGGUGCCCGAGCCCUGCACCCUGGACAUCGACGGCGUCGUCUUCGGCCUCACCUCCACCGACCUCCUCCUCCACAUGGGGGCUGAGGAGAUCAGCAGCUCCUCCGGGGUCUCCGACCGCUUCACGCGGAUCCUGCGGCACGUCCUGACCCAGCGCAGUUUUGUGUUCCCCCUGUACCCCCCCUCCGAGGAGCUCAACGUGGAUUUCGAGGCGCUGGCGGCGUUCGCGGCGCUGCCGGUGACCCCCGACGUGCUGGUGACCCCGUCCGAGCUGCGCUUCUUCGUCAAGGAUGUCCUGGGCUGUGUCUGCAUCAACCCCGGCCGUCUGACCAAGGGCCAGGCCGGGGGCACCUACGGGCGGCUGCUGCUGCGCAGGGAGCGGCGCGGGGACGGAACCGGGGACAGAACCGGGGACAAAACUGGGGACAGAGCCGGGGACAGAGCCGGGGACGGAGCCGGGGACAGAACCGGGGACAGAACUGGGGACAGAGCCGGGGACAGAACUGGGGACAAAACUGGGGACAGAGCCAGGGACAGAACCAGGGACGGAGCCGGGGACGGAGCCGGGGACAGAACCGGGGACAAAACUGGGGACAGAGCCGGGGACGGAGCCGGGGACGGAGCCGGGGACAGAACCGGGGACAAAACUGGGGACAGAGCCGGGGACGGAGCCGGGGACGGAGCCGGGGACAGAACCGGGGACAAAACUGGGGACAGAGCCGGGGACGGAGCCGGGGACGGAGCCGGGGACAGAACCGGGGACGGAACCGGGGACAGUCCUGCAGAGAAGCCCGGGGACAGCCCCGGGGACGCCCCCCGGAGCAGCCCCUGCGUGGCCGCCCAGGUCGUGAGGAUCUGA